AUGCCGAGACCUACGCAGGAUAUUGAGUCUGAGUCUCAGUUUGAUUCUGAUUCUGAUGAGGAUGAGGAUGAGCCCAUUUCUGAUGCUCCUAUUCCUGAUGUUGUUGCGCUAGUACAGCAGGAUCCUGUCAUGCAUCCCUAUCAUGACAUGUACAUGCAAGAGUUUCAAAGGUUGCAUGACGACAAUAGGCAUUUGCAUCGUAACGAUUCUGAACUUUAUGACAGUGCUUUUGAGAUAAAUACUGAGAUGGUGGAGUUGAGAGACGAUUUCUAUACCUUUAGAUACAGUCAACAAGCACGCAAUCAACAUGUGGAUACCCUUAUUACUAACAAGCAUCGGGUGCUUUGUUUGGGUGGUCAGCCUACACGAGCACCUUAUUACCCUCAAUAUCCAAAUUAA